UAUAAUGUAAUGAUAAAAAAAAUUUGGAAAGUUUGUUUUUGUUUUUCUUCUUUGUCUUUUGUUUUAAUUUCUUCUUUGGCAUCGAAUGCUGAGGUAAAAUGUAAAAGUUCUGCAUGUAUCCAAGUUAAUCAAUGGAUCCCGAUGGUAUGUUCCUGUAUACAUUGAUCCUGUGGUACAUGAUGCUUGCUGUUUUAAUUCAGUACGUCAGAAGUCCCUGAUGGCAUAAUCCUGUUGGCUUGAUCCUGUGGUACAUGAUGCUUGCUGUUUUAGUUCAGUACCUACUUUAGGAAGAUCCUGCACAUGAAAGAAAUUGUGAAAUAAGUAAGAAUUAUGAUAGUAGGUUGAAAAAAAUCCUUUUUUUUCGAAUUGCGAUCAUAAUUCUUUAUUAGGUAUGGUAUAUAACAAUAUUUUUUUAAGUACAUCAUCAUCUACCACAGGGUCAAACCAAUUGGAUCAUGCCAUCAGGAUCAAGCCUUCAGGACUCAAGGAUAAACUUCAAUAUAUGAAACUGAAAAAUUAGCAUACUUUUAAUUCUCCAUAGUUGGCACAGUUGGCUAAACAAAGAGAUACACGCUCGCGGGUAAACAAUGAAUGGCAGCGACAGUGUGAAAAUAUAGGUAUUGUAAUGUAAGCUUUAAACAGUUAUUUUUCAUGAACCAGUAAGAAUUAAGAAAUCAUCCUGCAGGGUAAAUUUAGGGAUGUGUGUAGUGUGUGAAAACCGUUUUCCAAAUUUUUUUCUUUCCGUUCUAAGAAGCCCCUAUAUCUGAGCAUCACCGCAUCAUGUACCUCAGGAUAAAUUAUACAGGAUCAUGCCAUCAGGAUCAAGGGAUAAACUUGGAUCCGUGAUACGGAACAAAUACCGUACAGUCAUUCAGGGUAACUUUGAACCAUUGGGGUUAACUUUGCACCACCCUUCAAAUUUCAUUCCCUUUGUGUAACACAAAAUAUACAUUUACUAUUAUUUCUCUUUGGUGGUUGUAUACUGAAGCUUGGUUCUUGUUCUAUUAUUAAAAAUGUAAGUUGGUUAGACUGGAGUCUAAAUAUUUUUUCAGUCACUUGUUAUCUAUGGUAUUGUUUUGGUGUGUCUUUUAGAGUUCUAUUUUCAAGUUGAUGAUAAAGAUUAGGCCAAAAUGCCAAAAGUGAAACCUGGUGGUUCAGUCAGCCCAGGAGUACGACGAUAUGGAACCAAGAGUCGCUACACAACAGAGGAACUGGAGAGGAUCCUCAGUGACAUAAAAUGUGGCAAAAUCAGUCAACGAGAAGCAUCAAAGUUGUACAACAUCCCAAGAAACACAUUGAGGAAUAAACUAUUAGGACAACACAACAAGAAAGUAGGAAGACCAACAAUAUUCUCAAAGGAGGAAGAACUGUUUUUCAUUCAACACAUUCUGUACCUUAGUGAUGAAGGCAUUCCAAUAUCUCUGUUUGAUGUUCGGUGUGUUGUAAAAUGCUAUCUGGAUACCCAAAACAGAAAAGUGCAACAAUUCAAGGGGAAUAUGCCGGGUUGGGACUGGAGUCAGUCAUUUUUGGAACGACACAAAGCUGCUCUGAAACAGAGACUCGAAACAAAUAUCAGCAGAAGACGGGCACAAGUGAAUGAAGAGACAUUAAAUGAAUUCUUCAACAAUUUUGAAGGUGAAGUUAGUGAAGUUUCAGCAUGUAAUAUUUACAAUUAUGAUGAAACUGGCUUCCACGAUAACCCCAGUAGAAGAAAACUUCUGUUUCGCAGAAGCUGUCGUCACCCAGAAAGAAUACGCAAUUCUACGAAGAGUUGCUACACUGUUGUAUUUUGUGGAAGUGCUGAUGGCAAUUUCAUUCCACCUUAUGUCAUAAUGAAAGGUACUCAGAAAUGGUCUGACUGGGUGUAUGGUGCACCGGAAGGAACACGUCUGAACACAUCAAAAUCAGGUUGGAUCGACAACAAAGUUUUUGAUGAUUGGUUUGAAUACCAUUUCCUUCCUAUUGCAAAGACAAAACCUGGAAAAAUUAUACUUAUUGGUGAUAACAUGUCUGCACAUCUGUCCAUUUACACACUCAAACUUGCAGCAGAAAAUGAUGUCAGGCUAUUGUUUUUUCCACCAAAUUCCACUCACUUACUGCAGCCACUUGACGUAGCAUACUUCUCUAGUCUGAAAACAUACUGGCGUCAAGUUCUAUCUAGUUGGAGAGAAACUAAAGGUGGGAAAAAAGUGGUGGCAUUACCAAAAGCAGUCUUCUGCCAGCUAUUGAAGGCUACACUUGAAAAGGGGCAAGAAACAGGAUGUAACAACUUGAGGAAAGGAUUCGAGUGUUCAGGACUAAACCCGGUAAACAGAGACAAAGUUCUACAGAAACUUCCAAUGUAUGCCCGAACUACUGACGAAGUACGAGAAGAUGUUGGAAAUGAGUUCAGAAAAUACAUCGAGUCAGUAAGAACAAAUGAUUUAAGCGCUGUUCACAGAGCUAGAAAGUUUUGCUUGCCAGUGAGAGCUGGCAAGAGUGUUUCUGUAGAGGAAGUUGAAGCCUACUAUGCAAACAAAGAAACGGAGGAAAAACAGAAAAUGACUAGCAAAGGAAGAGGUGGAGCAAGAACUCGAGGAGGCAGAUUAAAGUCAUCUUCAGUUAGAACACAAGGAGGACGUUUGCAGAGUAGAAAUGACUCUUGUUCAUUAGAAAUUUCAGACGGAAAUCCAUCUAAUGCUCCUGUUACUUCUGCGCAGGAAAGCACAGAAGUAAUGUUGGACCACAGUGAUGUAGUAGCAGAAGUGGAGAACACCAGUCAACUGGCAUAUGCGAUUAAUGAACCAUCAACUUCUAUUGCCACAAUAGUAAUUGAGCAUCAGGCAGUAGGUGAAAAUAUUUCUCACACAGAACUUGCAAGUGUUGCGAGUUUACCUUCUAACAUAUACAGUGUUGAAGACUAUGUUGUUGUCCAUUAUGAGGGGGUACUUUAUCCAGGGCAGAUUAUUAAAUUAGAGAACAAUUUGUGCAUGGUUCGAUGCAUGGAGAAGUCUGGCAUCAAUUGGAAAUGGCCUAAAAAUAAUGAUGAUUUGUGGUAUGAAAAAACUGAUGUUUUUAAAAAAUUGUCCCCACAGUGUAUAACACCUGCAAGUAAUCGUGGAGUUUUUCAGGUUACUGAUCCCUUGCUUUGUGCUAAAGUGCUUUUUUAACCAAAAAACUUAACUGAAAAAAUGUUUGUUUUUUUAGUUAUACUUCUGUAGUAGAGCACUUAGUUAUAGUCAUUUCAAAUGUUAAAUUAAAUGCUACAUUUAGUAUUCUAUCAAAACAUUUUUGUUAAUUUAUUCAGGUAAUAUUAUUUAUGUAUUUAUUUUAUCAAUGUGGUCUGUGUUAUGUAGAAACGUUUGAAGAUUGUUUUUUUUAAUCACUUUUCAGUGUUUUUCCGUACAAAAAAUUACACUUUAAUACUUAAACUUUAUUAUUUCUCUUUCUCAUCAUUGCCCAUUAUAAUACAUCAACAUCUAAUUUUAAAAGUGCAUUAUAUUAAUUGUUGGAAACUGUUGGCCUAGAUUUUUAGUGUAUGUUGUUUGUUUCUUCCAGUGGUGCAAAGUUAACCAGACUUCUAACUUCCACAAAAUAAUGCAUUUCUCAUGGGAAAAUGUUCCCUGGUUCAAAGUUACCCUGAUUGUCAGUGUAACUUUGCACCACGAUAAAAUUGAAAUUUUUGCUAUAUAAUUAAUAACUUAUUGCAUUCUUAGCAACAUGUAACUAUUAUUUAGGAGUACUACUUCCAUUUUAUACCUUUUACCAUACGAAUACCAAAACAACACAAGUUAGACAACUGUUUAUAGACAGAAUGUGGUUCAAAGUUACCCUGAAUGACUGUAGCUAAACUAGAAAUUUACCAAAUAGUUUUGGUAAUUCAUCUGUGGAGUUUAGGAUCUUUUCUUGAAAAGAAAAAAAAUGGAUUUGAGGGCGAUAGAUUAUGUUUAGUAUCAUGCAAACAGCUCUUUUUAGUAUGCACUAUUUUAUUCUCUCUUGUGUAUUGCCUAUGAAAAAAUUGUGAACUGAGUGAGAAUGAAGAAUACUUUUAUUUUCAUGCAGCAUUUAGGCAUAUUUUAUUUAUUUGUUUAUUUUUGGAAUAAAAUGUAAAUGUUUUAAGAGGUACCUUCUUAGCUAUACAUGAAAAGUAAU